GUUUAUUGUGGUGCAAGUAAAGGCAGAAGCUUUGGGGACGAUGGGGUUUUGAGGGGGGAGAAAAAUGGAGAAGAACAUCUUGGAAGAACUGCAGGAUGCCAAGCUCCACAGGCAGCUCAGUUCCCUCAUCCUCGCUCAUCUCCGUGACAGCAAUCUCUAUCAGGCUGCAAGUGCCGGUGCUUCAGCAACAAUGACAUCAUUGAAUGCCGAAGCCCCACGUAAUCGGCUUCUUGAACUGGUUUCGAGGGCCUUGCAGUGGAGAAAGAUGAGAUGUUGAGAGGGGUUUCUUUAUCUGCAUAUGAUUUGGGUACAUCAGUAGCUUCUAGAUAUGGUGGCAUCCCAGCUACUCGCACUGCUGCUGUUGAUUUUGGUGCUGUGCAGGAAACAAAAGGCUCACCAAAGAGUUUUCCAAAGCAUGAGACACGCCAUCUUUCAGAGCGCAAGAUGUGCAGGGUUUAGUCCUGACGGGAAGUUUGUUGCAACUGGAAGUUCCAACACAUCAAUAAAGCUUUUUGUGGUUUCAAAAAUUAAGCAAAUGAUGCUUCCCGAGGCUAGAGAUGGUCCUGUGCGACCUGUCAUACACACAUUCUAUGACCAUUUAAAACCUAGAAGGGCUUGGAUUUCCAUCCUCAUAACACUGUUCUUAUAUCUGUGCCAAAAGAUCAGACCAUAAAGUUUGGGUUCUUUUACUUUCCAAGAUAAUAUUUGAAUUUCCAUUUGUUUUUUAUUGAUAAGUUCUAUUAACUUGUAAGGCCAGCAACAUAACAUAUCUUCUUCCCCCUCUUCUUCUUCCCUUUUUAGUCGUGUUGCUGUUCCCUCUUCUCCAAAGCCCUUGACCAUUAACGAAACAGGAGUUCGCUUUGAACCCUUAUGUCAAUUUUGUUACUACUUUCAGGUUCUUUGAUUUUUACAAGAUGACCGCAAAGAGGGCAUUCAGAGCAUCCAGGUUUUGCUUGUCAUCUCAUAUAGAUUGAAGCAGAGUAUACAGCGACACUCCUUUUAUAAAUUGUCCUUUUAAUGACAUAGGAUGCACACAAGGUGUGUUCAGUAUGUUUUCAUCCUUCUGGAGAUUUUCUUUUUGCUGGUGAUAUUAUGCUCUUUCUUGUUAUUUUCUAUUUUCUUGGUGGAGUGAAGUCGCUUUAGCCAAUUUGAUGUUUUAUGCAGUCUAUGAGUUGGUGUUUUCCAG